UCAAAACAUGAAUAAGUUAGAAAAUUAAAUACAAAAGCACACUGUUCUUCAUUUUAAACAGGUGCAUCUCAGAAUGUGAUUUUUACUUUAUGUAAAUGAUCUACACAGCCACAGGACCCUUUAUCUUUUUACUUAUUUUCAACGUAUUAGAGAGGCAACAAACUCACUGCUAAAAUUAAAAACUAUUUGCUACAAUUGUUUAAUACCUUGUUUCUGGAUACAGGCUAUAGUUUAGCUACAGUCGUGUGAUGGGGAAAUAGCAUUACAAAACUGUAAGUCAGACGAUGUUUGGGCAAAAUUAUGGCCAUUCGCGUCCUUUCUAUCGUGCAGAAAAUAGAUUUAUGUUCAUCUACAAUCAAAAACAGAACAACCAUUAUGAAAAAAAUAUAAAUAUAGGCUACCACGAAUGUAUGUAUAUGCUUUUUUGUUAUAAUUUAUGUGGAUCAAAAAUAUAGUUUAACUUAAGCGCCCCACACAGCAUAAUGGCUAAAUAAUAUACUUUAAAGUAGCCAAGUCAAACUUAAUCUCUACAGGCCUAGCUAACAUCGCGUCUUAAUCAAAAUCCAUAAAAUAACUUUACUCUUGAAAAACGAGAGAUUUUUCCUGGUAACGUUAGCCUAUUCCCGAAGAGUAACUUCUCCAUGGCACAAAACCCAAUUAUGUUAGCAUAAUUAGCGUUGUGAUAUGCUUAUGUACCCGAAAAAAAGAAUAAAAAAACUUCUUGUGAUCUAAAAGCAGGCUAAUGCCAGUUACAUUAGCCAUAAAACAUUAGCAGAACCUAAUUUCUGUUUCUCUGCAGCCUCUCCUACUGUGUCGUAAACUCAUGUCUUCCUGACUCAGCUGUUGUGCGCAGGCGCAGUAUGACAGUACUGCACCACGGUUUUGCUGUGACGUUUAUGACAGAGACAAGUCCGAACAAAUAUCUCGCUACGAAAAAUUAUUUUAAGACACAACACUUUGAUAAACGAGUCAGUUUCGCUUAUUUACGCAUUAUAUUGGAACAUGUUAUUCAUGGAGACCGAUAAAAAUAAAUUACAGCGUUGAACUGAUUGUUUUCGCAGUAUCAUCAUCAUUUGGUUUUACCUGUGAAGCGAAUUAAUUUCGAAAAUCAAUAAAGAUGAUGAACGUCGAGGAUGAACUGACCACAGCAGCAGCCACCGGAAACAUUUCCCAUGUUCAGUUUUUACUUUCUAACGGAGUGAAUGCCAAUGUGGUUAACAAAUUUAGAAGAACGCCUAUACAGGUGAUGAUGAUGGGUAACGCACCUUUGGCUCUUGUGCUGCUGGAACAGGGAGCGGACCCUAAUGUGCCUGACCCCGACACAGGGAGCACACCUCUGCACGACGCUGCCAGAACCGGAUUCAUUGACACCGUGCGGCUUUUAAUCCGCUUCGGCGCCGACCCCAAUACAAAAGAUCACUGCGAUUUACGACCAGUGGAUGUGGCACAACAGACUGGCAACGUAGACGUGGUUGAAUUACUCAAUCGUGUUUAAAAUGUUUAAAGACUGCAUCACUGCAUAGCCUAGGCUACUUUAGGUGGUAACCUUAUUAAUGCACUCAAGUACUUAUAAUUCUCAAUAGCACAUGGUCAUUCAUGUAGUUUGGAGAUUCUAAUCAUUUAAAAUUUUAUUUCUGUAUCUUUUAAGUUUAUUUAUUAUUAUUAUUUAUUAUUAGCUAGUCAAUGGGAACUUCAAUAAAAGGCUACAGACACAAACCAUCAUACGCUCAUGCUAGCCUAUAGUUCGCAUAAUAAAAAGUGUAGACAGCAUUAUGUCCAAAGAUAAAUAAAUAAUUAAAUAACAUAUCCACCUAUUUGUUUUUAACCUGAAAAGCAUGGCGACAAACAUUGAAUCAAAUGGCUUGCAACGCAAGGACAUCCAAUAUUUUUGGCGAGCUCUUUCUUUUUUCAUUUCUUCCGGUUAAACAUGCUUUUAUUAAGUUUAUAAUAUUGUACGACUAAUAAAAAUGAAACUUUCUAUUUAUACCAAGGCAUAAUUUAAAUAAUUUUGCUUAACGUGGUUAGCUGUUUGUUAGCUCUGUGUGGUUAAACUGUGUGGGUUAACUGACAAAAGAAACAUUUAGUUUGUGCGGGAUGUUUGUUAGCCUUUAUUCUUAACUGUACUGUAGUGUUGAAUUGAUAAUUGUUUCUUUUUUUCUGGCUACUCAAAUACCCGGUGCAAACUAAACCCGUAUGUUAAUUAAGAGUUUAACCUUAAAAAACUAUAUAUAGCCUAAUAGAAAACGAGGCGCUUCAUUUUACAUGCAUAACUCGUUUAACUAAGUGCAGGAAAGUGUAUUAAAAUCUCUAUUUUUUUAGAAAGGCAGAGAGAGGAAAAAAACAGACAGAAAAGUUAAAUAAGGCGUCGAUGUAAAAGAAAACGGUGUAGAUGCAAAGGAAACGAAGCAGGUAACGCUUGUCCAAAAAAAAUCACUCCUGCAUUUUUGUCCCCCUCACAUUUGUAUCCAAGUUUGUUACAAAUACGCACUUUGUUCUUCAUUCUAGAAAAACAAACGUGUUGCUGACUAAGUUACAUAUUUGCUAAUUCAAAUAUAGUACAAUGAAUAAUAUCCACACAAACUGCAUAGGGAAAACAGCAUUCGUUUAUUUGUAGGUAUGACAGCCAUUUAUUAACCAAAAUACUUGUAUUUAUAUUUAAGCUAUUUAUGUCAUGCUUAUAUUUGUGUGAUAUUGCUACUGCUAAUGUAAAAGGCACUAAAACAAUUGUAAUUAUCCCAAGAUCCCGUCUUUUCCCUCUACCAGUGCUUUCAUGCAUAUGUCUAAAUCUGUUUAUUUGUUUGUUUAUUAUAACUGCACAGCCAUUUCAGUGUGGUUAACAUACAAAUCCCCCUUUUUUUUUUUUUUUGGUUGAUGGUGG